AUGAAGAGCACAGUGCCGAAUGAAACUCUAGAAGGCCAGCUGGGACGUGGAAAUCAUGAAUACCCACUGUUGCAAGGAAUUAAGCAAAGCAGCAUCUCAGAUAACUCAGUGGUAAGGCCAUUUAACCCACAGGAUGUCAGUGGUACAGCACUGAAAGGAAAGAGUCGUGGUGGGAAGAAGAAAUCUACCAAGACCUCCCGGUCAGCCAAGGCAGGAGUCAUCUUCCCCGUGGGACGGAUGCUGCGGUACAUCAAGAAAGGCCACCCUAAAUAUCCACCUGUGUACAUGGCUGCCGUCGUGGAAUACCUGACUGCUGAGAUCCUGGAGCUGGCUGGCAAUGCAGCAAAAGACAACAAGAAGGGACGGGUCACUCCCCGGCACAUCCUGUUAGCUGUUGCCAAUGAUGAGGAGCUAAAGCAGCUGCUCAAUGGAGUCACCAUAGCCAGCGGGGGAGUGUGGCCUAAUAUCCAUCCUGAGCUGCUAGCAAAGAAGCAAGGAUCCAAGGGAGAGUUGGAAGCCAUCAUCACGCCUCCACCGGCCAAAAAGGCCAAGUCUCCAUCCCAGAAGAAGCCAGUGGCUAAGAAAACAGGAGGCAAGAAGGGGGCCCGGAAGUCUAAGAAGAAGCGGGGAGAAAUCAGCAAGGCAGCCAGCGCAGACAGUACAACGGAGGGCACGCCUGCGGAUGGCUUUACUGUCUUCUCCACCAAGAGCCUCUUCCUCGGCCAGAAGCUGAACCUUAUUCACAGUGAGAUCAGUAAUUUAGCCGACUUUGAGGAGGCGGCCAUAAUCAAUCCUACCAAUGCUGACAUUGACCUUAAAGAUAAUCUAGGAAACAUACUGGAGAAAAAGGAUUGCAAGGAGUUUUUAGAAGCUGUUCUUGAACUUCGGAAAAAGAAUGGACCCUUGGAAACAGCUGGAGCUGCUGUUAGUGCAGGCCGUGGCCUGCCCGCCAAGUUCGUGAUUCACUGUAAUAGUCCAGUCUGGGGUACAGACAAGCGUGAAGAGCUUCUGGAAAAGACGGUGAAAAACUGCUUGGCCUUAUCUGAUGACAGAAAGCUGAAAUCCAUCGCCUUCCCAUCCAUUGGUACUGGUAGGAAUGGGUUUCCGAAGCAGACGGCGGCCCAGCUCAUUCUGACGGCCAUCUCCAAUCACUUGUGCACUAUGUCCUCCUCCAUCAAAAUCGUGUACUUUGUGCUUUUUGACAGUGAGAGUAUAGGCAUCUAUGUGCAGGAAAUGGCCAAGCUGGAUGCCAACUAGGCCAGCGAUCCCCAGAGCCAGCACAGACCAUGCCCCCUGCCUCCAACUGGAAAGAAA